UGGCGCGCGUCCCUAUCCCUGUAACAACUUCGCGCCAUGCGCAAUGGCGCAAUUCAACUUGGGGGGGAGGGGGGGGGGGUGAUGAGAUGCCCUUUUACAAGUACGCUCGCGCGCCCCGCGGCAUCCAUCGCCAAAGAUGCGCGUCGCGAUCGCUCGUUCGCCGCGCGCGCGCGGCUGCGUCUUCGUAUAUAUCUGGCAUGGCCGCGCGCGCCAGGGGCUAGGCUAGCUACCUCCAUCUAUCUACCUGGAGUUAGUGUAGGUGAGAGGUUAGGUCGAUCAUGGCGAGUGGUGUUGCGGCGCCGGCGCCGAGCGUGUUCGAGGCGGCGCGGCCGGCGUUGGAGAGCGGUGGCGGCGGUGGAGGCGCGCCGCCGCCGGGGAGGGCGGACGCGAGCUUCGACACCAACAUGGUGAUCAUCCUGGCGGCGCUCUUCUUCGCGCUGCUGUUCGCCAUCGGGCUCAACUCGCUGGCGCGGUGCGCGCUCCGGUGCGGGGGCCGGGGCGCGGCCGCCGCAGGCGGCGGCGGCGGCGGAGGAGGAGGAGGAGCGGCGGCGGCCGGGGUGGGGUGCGGCGGCAUCAAGAAGCGCGCGCUGAGGAGCAUCCCGGUGGAGGUGUACUGCGGCGGGGAGGAGACGGCGGAGACCGACGUGUGCGCCAUCUGCCUCGGCGAGUUCGCGGACGGCGAGAAGGUGCGCGUGCUGCCGCGGUGCCGGCACGGGUUCCACGUCCGGUGCGUCGACGCCUGGCUGGUCUCGCACGGCUCCUGCCCGACGUGCCGCCGCCAGGUGAUCGGCGGCGGCGGGAGCACGCCGCCGCCGGACAGCGACACCAUCGCCGUGGUCGUAGCAUGAUGUGAGAGACAAAAGAUAUACUACUCCAGUAGUCUUCGUAGCUAGCUGGGCUCCUGCCUGGCCUCUUUGGCGCCAAUCCCUUCUAAAAAAUAUCUCGCUGAUCGAUCUGAUCUCUCCGGAUAUUUUCCGGCGAACGGCUAGUGACUAGUGACUCAUCAGCUUGUUGUGGCGAAUGUAUUGACGGGUGCCCAAUUGGCCCAAAUUGGUCACUGUAUAUACACGUUCAACAUCGCCGUCCCGAAAUGUACUGUACCACUAACAUUUUCGUA